AUGGGCGGCGCCCUCUCCAUGUUCACCAAACUCCUCUGGUCCAAAAAAGAAAUCCGAAUCCUCAUCCUCGGCCUCGACAACGCAGGCAAAACAACCCUCCUCUACCGCCUCAAGAUCGGCGAGGUAGUGACCACGAUCCCCACCAUAGGCUUCAACGUUGAGAGCGUGACGUACAAAAACUUGAACUUCAAUGUCUGGGAUCUGGGCGGGCAGACGAGCAUCCGGCCGUAUUGGAGGUGUUAUUAUGCGAAUACGGCGGCCGUCGUGUUUGUGAUUGACAGUACGGAUGUGGAGAGGCUGGGGACUGCCGGCGAGGAGUUAAGAGGGAUGUUGGAAGAGGAGGAACUGAGGGAUGCUGCGUUGCUGGUUUUUGCCAAUAAGCAGGAUCAGGUCGGUGCGAAAGGAGCCGGGGAGAUAAGUGAGGCGCUGGGCUUGGCGAAUUUGAAAGACAGGAAUUGGAGCAUCAUGGCGUGCUCCGCGGUUACAGGGAAGGGAGUCACUGAGGGGAUGGAUUGGUUGGUGGUGAGUGCUGACAUUUCUUCCGGACGGUUUGAUUCUGGGUUGUGCUAAUGAUGUGUUACAGCAAACCGUUGGCGAGAACUCAUGA